UAAUUUGUCAUAUAAUCACAUUUCAGGUCCGAUACCAUCUAGCAUUGGCAACAUUACCUCUUUGAGAAAUAUUUAUCUAAAUUCAAAUAGGCUCACUAACAUACCCAUGAGUCUAUGGAGCCUCAAAGAUCUUUUGGUGCUUCAGUUGUCCAAUAAUUCUUUGGUCGGUUCUAUACCUCCCGAUUUUAGCAAGUUGAAUGCCAUAACAUACAUAGAUCUGUCCAGGAAUCACCUUUCAGGAAGUAUUCCCUCCACAAUUGGAGACCUGCAGAAUCUACUUUAUCUUUCUUUGGCUUAUAAUGAGUUACAUGGAUCUAUUCCGGAGUCACUCGGGAAAAUGAUAAGUUUGGAAUCGGCAAAUCUAUCCAAUAACAUUCUUUCAGGUACGAUUCCAAAAUCAUUAGAGUCACUUCGGUAUCUGAAGGAUUUCAAUGUAUCAGUCAAUAGAUUAGGAGGUGAAAUCCCAAGUAAAGGACCUUUUCUCAAUUUCACCUCUCAAUCUUUUAUGGGAAAUGAAGGGUUAUGCGGAGGUUUGCUUUUCCAACCUUGUAUGACUAGGGUUUUUCAUCAUUCAAGGAGAAGCAAACCGCUUCUGAUUAUACUUGUCUCACUGGGAGCUGCGGUAAUGGUACUUGGCUCAAUCGUUGGGUUUAUGUUAAGGAGACCUCGGAAUAGAAAUGUUCCAACUCAAACCGAACCCCUUUCUGCAACAACACUAGCCAGGAUUUCAUACAUUGAAAUUGAAAGGGCAACUCAAGGGUUCGACCAAUGCAACUUGCUAGGCUCUGGAGGUUUUGGCUCUGUUUACAAGGGCAUGUUUGCAAACGGGAUGACUUUGGCAAUCAAAGUGUUUAAUUUACAGGUUGAAGGUGCGUUAAAGAGUUUUGAUGCUGAAUGUGAAGUUUUACGCAACCUUCGUCAUAGAAAUCUUACCAAAGUUAUCAGCAGUUGUACUAACUUGGAUUUUAAAGCAUUGCUUCUUGAGUAUAUGCCCAAUGGAAGCCUAGAGCUGUGGUUACAUUCUGAUGAUCGCUUCUUGAAUAUGAUCCAAAGAUUAGACAUAAUGAUUGAUGUUGCAUUUGCUUUGGAAUAUCUCCAUCAUGGUUAUGAAACAGUCAUUGUACAUAGUGACCUGAAGCCUAGCAAUGUCUUGCUAGACGAAAAGUUGGUUGGACAUGUGAGUGACUUUGGCCUGACCAAGUUAUUAGGAGAAGGUGAAUCAAUUGUUCAUACUAAAACACUUGCUACAAUGGGCUACAUUGCACCAGAGUAUGGAUCAGUUGGAUUAGUUUCUAGAAGAUGUGAUGUGUACAGCUAUGGCAUUAUGCUCAUGGAAACUUUCACAAGGAAAAGGCCAUAUGAUGAAAUGUUUCAAGGAAAUUUGAACAUGAGGAGUUGGGUCUGUAAUUCACUACCUGUAGCACCAGAUGAUAUUAUCGAUGACACCUUAUUGCAACCUGAAGAGAUUGAUUUCAACAAAAAGUUGUGUUGUGUGACCUCUAUUUUGGAGUUGGCAUUGAAUUGCACAGCUGAAUCUCCUAAUGAGAGGCUCAACAUGAAAGAUGUCCUGGCAAAUAUCAAGAAGAUCAAGCAUGAAUUUCUAUGCAGAUGAUGUAACAAGGUUUAUGCAAUGGUAGUGCCGCCUUUUAUGCCUGUCGUUGGCAAAUUUGGGUGACACCAAUUGAGUUGUCAACAAAGAUUUGGUCUGAGAUUCGGACUUCUCUUAUUUCUUGUGCCUUCCUCUUGUGCAUGUUUCAAGUUUGAGUAUGUUUAU